AUGCGACUCUGUAAGUUUCUGGAUUCGGUUAACGCCGGGUCUCUACCGGUUAAUGCUUGGGCCCCUGUUCGCCUUAUCCUGGAGGUUGACACUGGGGUCGAUCUCUUCCUCCUGGGUGCUGAAGCAGCUGGAAGCAACCGGAUCGAUUUUUUGACUUUGGUGACGGACGGCAUGGACAUGGACUGCUCGAUGAAUUUUGGGUUUGAGAAUCCAAACAAGACGCCAAUUCCGUCGGUGGUGUUUGAUUGGACCAGCCAGGUUUGUCUGAAAUCAGGCGAGGAUGAGUGGUUCGGUGGCUCUGAGGCCGCCAACGAAAAUUGUCAUCCGAGGUUCAACGGUGCAAUCACCUCGGUCGGCUCCACCAAGUCCACGAGCAAUAUCGAAAAUGUUCUGCGCGCAGCUAACUGCCUUCCAGAUCGGGCCUUAGUCUACGGUCGGUGGUGA